GAGGAGGAGGAGGAGGAGGAGGAGGGAAACCGGAGGAUUGACGGCUCUCCUAACGCGGCUGGUGGUGUGACAUCCUAACUCUUCCCGCCCAGCAUGGCUGCGUCCCUGUGGUUCCUGGGGGUGUGUGUGCUCGCUCUGGCUCACGUUGCCCCCUCCAGCCAAGCUAUGUCCCGGGCCGCCAUGCCGUUCGGGCUGUUGCGCAGGGAGCUGGCAUGCGAGGGUUACCCAAUAGAGCUGCGCUGCCCAGGAAGUGACGUGGUCAUGGUGGAGACGGCCAACUAUGGACGCACUGAUGACAAGAUCUGUGACGCAGACCCCUUCCAGAUGGAGAACACACAGUGUUACCUCCCUGACGCACUCAAGAUUAUGGCCCAGAGGUGUAACAACAGGACUCAGUGUGUGGUGGUUGCGGGGGUCGACGUCUUUCCAGACCCCUGUCCUGGAACAUACAAGUACCUGGAGAUCCAGUAUGAGUGUGUCCCUUACAUUUUCGUGUGCCCCGGCUCACUGCUCAGCAUCCAGCCGGCCUCUUCUCUCCUGGAGGCGGAGCAUCAGUCAGGGGCGUGGUGUAAGGACCCGCUGCAGGCUGGUGACAGGCUCUACGUCAUGCCGUGGACGCCAUAUAGGACGGAGGUGCUGUAUGAGUACGCCUCCUGGGAUGACUACCGUCAGAACAGAGUCACCACCACCUAUAAGUUACCUAGCCGCGUGGAUGGUACAGGCUUUGUGGUGUAUGACGGCGCUGUGUUUUACAACAAGGAGCGAACACGCAACCUGGUCAAGUACGACCUACGGACACGCAUCAAGAGCGGUGAGGCCGUGGUGGUCAAUGCCAACUACCACGACACCUCGCCAUACCGCUGGGGAGGGAAGUCAGACAUUGAUCUGGCUGUGGACGAGAACGGCCUUUGGGUGAUCUACUCUACUGAAGCCAAUAAUGGACGCAUCGUGGUCAGCCAGGUGAACCCGUACACCCUACGCUUCGAGGGUACGUGGGCCACCGGCUUUGACAAGCGAGGGGCGAGCAAUGCCUUUAUGGCCUGUGGCGUGCUCUACGCCGUGCGUUCCGUCUUCCAGGAUGAUGAGGGGCAGGCGGACGGCCGAGUCGGCAGCGACAUGGUGGUUUAUGCCUACGACACCAGUCGUGGACAGGAGCUGCCUGUUCAAAUACCUUUCCCCAACCCUUACCAGUACAUCUCCUCCAUAGACUACAACCCCAGAGACAACCAGCUGUAUGUGUGGAAUAACUACUACGUGCUGAGAUACCCGCUACAGUUUACGCCGCCACCACCCACUAAAGGUCCCCUCUCCUCUCUGAUGACGACCGUCCGCUCCUACACGGCCACUGUCGCGCUGACCCCAGUACGACCGUCAGCCUCUCACCCAAUUGGCGUCAUCAACCGAGGACCCUUUGACCAGCGCCCAAUCACAGCCAUGGUUCCUCUGACCCCACGUCCACCUCUGCGUGUCCCCCUUGCUCCCGGGGGCCCUGGUCAGGUGGGCGGAUGUGAGGGCCGGGUGGCACGAGGGGUGCAGUGGCCACCCACGCUGAAGGGAGAGACAGUGGAGAGGCCCUGUCCAAAAGGGUCACUGGGUAUAGCCUCCUAUCAGUGCAUGCAGUCUCCGGUGGGCUGGAGCUCCAGAGGGCCUGACCUUUCCAACUGCACCUCUCCCUGGGUCAGCCAAAUUGCACAAAAGAUUAAGAGCGGAGAGAACGCGGCCAACAUCGCCGGGGAGUUGGUCAACCUGACCCGGGGACGGAUCUAUGCCGGUGAUGUCAGCAUGUCGGUCAAGCUGAUUGAACAGCUAUUAGACAUCCUGGACUCCCAGCUCCAGGCCUUGAGACCAGCCAAUAAAGAGUCGGCAGCACGGAAUUACAACAAGCUGCAGAAGAGGGAGCGCACUUGCAAAGCUUACGUUCAGGCCGUCGUUCAGACAGUUGAUAACCUGUUGGGUCCUGAGGCUCUGGUGUCCUGGGCGGAUAUGAGCAGUGUUGAUCAGUCCCGCUCGGCAUCGUUGCUGUUAGACGCGGUAGAGAAAGGAGCAUUCCUAUUGGCUAACAAUCUCUAUGAAGGUCGCUUCAGUGACAGAGCACCAAAUGUUGAUCUGGAGGUGUAUGUGCUAAAUACAGAGGCAGAUAUACAGGACCUGACCUUUCCUCACUCCUACGACAGCGACAGCAUCUUGCAGAUAUCAGCACUGGCUCUGCAACAGUACAGCAACAACGGCCAAGUGAAGCUGGUCCUCUCUCUCUAUAAGAACCUGGGCUCUUUCCUGACCACCCAGAACUCGACUCUGCGGCUUGGGCUGGGGCUAGGUCAGGGUUCAGAGGCCAGGCGUAGGAGCCUGGUGGUCAACUCUCAUGUCAUCUCCGCCUCUGUGCACAGAGGAUCCAACAGAGUGUACCUCUCCGAGCCUGUCAUCUUCACUCUCAGGCACCUGCAGCUGGAGAACCACUUUGGCCCGAACUGCUCUUUUUGGAACGGAUCAGGUGUUUCUGGCAAUGGCAGGUGGUCCACUCAGGGCUGCCGCCUGUUACACACCAACAACACUCACACUACCUGCGCUUGCAACCAUCUAUCGAGCUAUGCUGUCCUCAUGACGUAUCAGCAACCUGCUUUCGGGGUCGGUGUAGAAGAGCUUCUUGUCUAUGUGGUUUCCUGGGUUGGCAUCUCUGUAGCGCUGGUGUGUUUGGCCACCUGCCUUACCACGCUGUGCUGCCAGGGGGCGCCCUGGCACACAGACCACAGCACCAUCCACUGCAACCUGUGGGCCAACCUGCUCAUCACAGAGCUGCUGUUCCUUGUUGGUGCCAACAAGACACAAUACACAGUUGUGUGCUCCAUCAUUGCUGGCCUGCUGCACUUCUCCCUGCUGUCAGUGUUUUGCUGGUUGUGUUUGGAGGGGGUGGAACUGUACUUGCUGCAGAGGGAGGUAUUUGAGGGGCGUAACUCCAGGAGGAAGUAUUUCUACCUGUGUGGCUAUUCUAUUCCUGGGCUGGUGGUGGCCGUGUCCGCAGCCAUAGACUUCAGAGGCUACGGCUCAAAAUCUGCAUGCUGGCUGCGAACAGACAAUUACUUCAUCUGGAGUUUCCUUGGACCCGUCGGUGUCAUCAUUACGUUGAACCUGGUUGUCCUGGUGAUGACCUUACAUAAGAUGCACAGCACUGCUGCUUUGAAGCCAGACUCCAGUCGCCAUGACAACCUGAGGGCGUGGGCGGUGGGCUCCCUGACGCUGCUCUUCCUGCAGAGCGUCACCUGGUCCUCAGGCCUGAUGUUCCUGUGUGCGCCGUCUCUCCUCCUGGCUUACCUCUUUUCUUCCCUCAACACCGCCCAGGGCCUCCUCAUCACCAUACUGCACUGCACCCUUGCCAGGAAGGGUCAGAAAGACUACGGUCGAUGUCUGCGCCUCUCGCAGUGCUGCGCCACUUCCUCCUCCAGCUCUCCAGACUCUGUCAAAGGUGCCGCCCUGAGGUCCAACAGCCGCUACACCAGCAGCCAGAGUCGGAGAGCUACUGCGAACAGACAGAGCCGAAUCAGGAGGAUGUGGAAUGACACUGUUCGCAGACAGACUGAAUCUUCUUUCAUCGCUGCAGACGUUAACAACACACCUACUCUUAACCGCGCUGCUCUGGGGAACCAUUUCCUCACUAAUCCAGUGUUGCAGACUCACGCCGGAGCCUCUCCUUAUGACACGAUGCUCGCCCAGGGAUACAACCAACCCUUCACCUCCACAGUAGGAACCUUCAGAAACAAGCAGAAGGGUGGUGUGUCUCAGAGCCAGGAGUCCUGUGGGUUGGACAGUGUGUGUCUCAAUGGAGGAUACACCCCCAACACCUUCACCCUGCACGGUCUGGGUACCACACCUGGAUCUCGAGCUGGAGUGGUGGGUAGCACUGACCUUCUGCGGGAGGGAGGAGUCGGGAUAGGAGGUGAUGACAUCUCCCCGGCCCUCCUCACCCCCCACGGGGCCACAGAUCUGAGCAGCGGUGCUGGAAUGCGCCGUAACCUCUCUGAUGCAGCGGCACUGGAAAAGAUGAUCAUCUCAGAGCUGGUACAGAGCAACCUAAGGCCCUCAGUUGCCAUGCCUGUUCCUCCUGAACGCUAUGGAAGCCUGGCAAGGCCUCACCACCAUGAUAGGGCGGCUCUCACACACACUGCCACUUUGACUCGACACGCACAGCCACCACCCCAAGAGGGCUGGGCUGCCACCAUGCAGCCGAACGCACGCCACAAUGCACAAGAAGGCUGGGCGCAUACACGGCACCACACACAGGACCCUGAGACACAUUCUACAACAAAGGGACAGGAUCACGCCACAACACAGCGCUUGCAAGAUGGCUGGUCACACUCACGAGUUUCUGGGGACUCUGAGUCCCGUGAGCUGCUUAAAGACGGGGACAGGUCGUUGCAAGGCACUCUGAGUCGUCGCGGGCUCCAGGACAGGCAACAAGCACGUCCCCCUGAUGUUCAGGCGAGGCCCUACUCAACCCUCAGUCGCACACCUGGUACUCUGUCCCGCCAUCGUGGCGCAGUGGAGCCAAACGCAGUCACAGACAGAGACAGAGACAGGGACAGGGACAGGGAGAGAGAUAGGGAGCGCUACCGGGACAGGCCCCUCCCGCCUCCUCCUCCCCCUCCACCACAGGAGUCUGAGCCCCUGUAUAAGGCUCUGGAAGAGCCGCUGCUGAUGAAACAGAGGGAGGCAGGCGCAGAGACAUGGAGAGGCCAGGACAGAGAGAAGGACGAGACAUUUCUCUUAAAAAGAGAUGAAAUGAUGGACGAAUGGAGGGCAGGAACUGAGAGAGGGAGGGACGAGUCUUUUGCCUCUCAGACGAGAGAUGGAGAGAUGGAUGAAUGGAGAGGUGGAAUGGAGAGAGGGAGGGAGGAAUCUCAUCUGCUGGAGAAGAGAGGUGGAAGGAUGGAGGUUUGGCGGGGAGGAGCAGAGACGGACCAGGAAGAGACUUUUAUAACUCAGAAGAAAGACUUUGGGAUUGACGGAUGGAGAGGCGGGAUGGAUAGAGAGAAAGAUGAAUCCUUGUUUUUAAAGGACAGAGAUGGAUGGAGAGCAGGGAUUGAACGAGACAAUGAGAAACAAAAGGAUAGAGCGCUGGAUGUGUGGAGAGGAGGGAUGGAUAUAGACAGGGAUGAAUCUUUCCUGUUCGAGAGCAAAGAUGGCGGUCUCGAUGGGAGGAAACGAGGGAAAGAAAGAGGGUCUGUUCGGUUCCACGGUGAACGAGAGGAUUCUGACAGCUUUGCUCUGCCUUUGACUCCUGACCUUGACCUUGACCCCGACUCCUCACCAAUCUACGCCCGAGAUUCAAACCCCUCCCCGCUCUACCCCGGAGACCGGCGCUCGCCUCCUCUCAGCAUCUUCCCGCGAAGCUCUCCCCCAACGAAUAUCUUUGCUCCCCGAGACACUAACUCGCCUCCAAACAAUCUCUACACCCGCCACUCCCCCCAGGUGUACAGCCGAAGCAGCUCCCCUCCUCGCUUCUACACCCGCACCUCCCCUCCGACCCUCUCGUACCCCGACAGCAGCCCUGAAGGUCCAGAAGAAGUUAGCCCCAGCGGCCAGCCCCAGCGGCCCGCCCUGGAACUGCCCUACAGCCUGGGGCGACCACCGCUGGGCCCACGGCCAAAUCACCUGCAGACCUUCUACCAGCCGCCACCGCUGCCAUCAAAUGGAGAGGCAGCGUACACACCGGAGCCAACCUCGGAGGGAGACGACGGACAGAUGCAGCGGGUGACGAGCCUGUGACUAGGGCGGUGGUGAUCGGGGCAUAGAAACCAGGGAGGAGGAGGAAGAAGCUGGUGAUAAUAACAAAUAAUGAUGAUCAAACUGAUGGAAAUGAUGAUGACUAUGAUGAUAAAGAGGAUGAUGAUGAUGAUGAUGAUGAUGAUGAUGAUGGAUGAUAAAGGUAAUGAUGAUGACAGUGAUGGCUCCUCCCUGAUUCUAUCUCCCGAUCACCACGAGACUUCCCCCUUUUCAUGUUUUGUUACUUUUCUAUGACUGUGAUCCAUUUAUAACUCUUCCUCCUCCACUUCCUCUCCUUAUCUUCUCUUUCCCGAAACCCUGCUGUGUCCUCCCGUCUCAUUGGUGCUUAUCCUUAUUGGCCCAUCGUCUAAGUUUCUAUUGGUUCGUCGGCUGGGUGUUGCCCUUCCCUGUAGCAAGCAAACAGUGUGUCAAAGAAGCACUUGUGUGUUGCCAAAAAAAUCCUUUCAAAGAACAUGUGCAUGACUUUAUAGUGGCUUUACAAGGCUACAUACUGUAUGAAAGUGUGUGUGUGUGAGCGUGUGUGUGUGCGAGCGUGCGUGCGUGCCUGCGUGUGUAGCUUGAUGAGCAUGCGUGCGUGUUAGGACAAAUGUGUGUGCGAGUGUGUGUAUAUACAUCAUUCUUGUAUAAUUAAUGUAUCACAGUGAAGCAUUUUAUCAAUAUCAACUGGGGGGCCUCUUACACACAUCCCCUCCUACUGAUUUUGAACUCUUGACCAAUCCCAUUUCACAUCAAGACCAAAACCCCCCGCCUCCGCCCCUCCCUCCGCUCGCCACAAACUGUCGGUGAUGGAACUCGUUGCCAUGGAGUUUGUCAUAGCAACAGAACUCUUGACUCCAGAGCCAGAGAUCAUGAGAAACCUCAGAACUUUUCUGCAACCCCCUGAGAUCCUUGUACAUAUCGACCUCAAGUGUUCUGAUUGUCUUGUAUUGCUAUUGAAGUUCAAGUAAACAUGUGAAAUAAAUGGUACUGUCUUUCUCUUUGUGUGGAUGAACAGACAGACGGAGGGGUUCACAAUAAGGAGAAAGGUAUCUGGAUGGAAA